AUGCAGAUCUCGCUUACUACGGUGAAGGGAAAGAACAUAAACCUUGAAGUGGAGGAUAGCUCGGACAUCAUCGACCUCAAGAGCCAUGGACCUACACGUCAAUUGGUUCUUGGCCUUGGUCCGGAUCCUGGUCCGGGUGCAGUCAUGCGGAUUUUUGUAUCGACUAUAAAGGAGAAAACAUUCAUCCUAGAGGUUAAGGGGUCCGAUACCAUUAAAAAUGUCAAGACCAUGAUCCAUGAUCAAGGAGGACCCCCAGUGGACCAGCUGAAUCUGAACUUUCAUGGCACGAAGCUUGAAAACAGACCUACACGUCAAUUGGUUCUUGGCCUUGGUCCGGAUCCUGGUCCGGGUGCAGUCAUGCGGAUUUUUGUAUCGACUAUAAAGGAGAAAACAUUCAUCCUAGAGGUUAAGGGGUCCGAUACCAUUAAAAAUGUCAAGACCAUGAUCCAUGAUCAAGGAGGACCCCCAGUGGACCAGCUGAAUCUGAACUUUCAUGGCACGAAGCUUGAAAACAGUCGCACCAUAGCUGACUACAACAUCAGACCCCGCGCGAACCUUGUCAUUAUGCAGAGUGGUUGUAUUUGCUGA